AUGGGAAAAGUUGCUUCUGAUAAAUGCCACAAAUGGGUGUUCAAAGAGCCAACAGAAUGUGAACCAAACAUCUCCAACUACUGGCAGAGCUCCUUUGAUGCUCUACCUCCAGAGUGGAAUGAACAGUUUGAGUCAGGGAUUCAGACUAUUGCUGUUAUUCAAGCUGGCCAUGGCCUUCUCCAACUUGGUUCCUGCAAAAUUAUACCAGAAGACCUGCAUUUUGUCCUCAGAAUGAGACACACGUUCGAGUCCUUAGGCUACCAAUCCGGAUUCUACCUUUCCCAGCUAUUCUCCUCGACCCGGCCCGCCUCAUCCUCUCCCAUGGGCCCACUUAAGCAGCCCACAAUCCCCGUCCGCCCAUCCCCUCCCCUCUUCAACUGGGCCACGAGGCCCAUCCCUCCAGGCCCAUCAAUGCUCACAUCCCCAACUUUCCAAAGCCCGGCCCGUCUUCAGAUGCCACCCUUCAAGGACGAGACCCACAUGUUCCUCCUCCCCCACUCAGCCGAGCCCGGCCCAAUGGAGGCCCACAUGAUGGCCGACCAUGAAAACGACAUCAAGUGGCCCAAUGGGCUUUCCUUCUUUGGCGCUCUCACGGGCCGGGCCGAUGAGGCCAAGCUCCUGUUCAAUCCGGACGGGCCUUCGGGCUUGCACAGCAAUCCUAGUAAUAGCAGUAACACUAAUAAUAGUGGUAACCCGAACGAGUUCUUGAGCUUGGAUAAUAGUUACUCGAAGAAUAUGGAGGGAAAGUUCAAGAGGAGCUUCACUUUGCCUGCUCGAAUAUCGACCUCGAACUCGAUGGGCCAUCACGUGCACAAUCCGGGGGAGUAUAGGAAUGAUUAUCCGGACGUUAUGGAGACUUUCUUGGAGUGAGUGUUGUGCUUGGGGCUUUUUAGGUUGUACCUUAGAGAAGGAGGACAAGGAAAAGGAAAUGUAAUUUUUGAUGCAGUUUGGAUACUUUGGGUUUUAUUAAUUGUUCAAUUAUUGCUUUUGAUGAUUUGUUUUCAAAAUUUAAACAACUCUUUAACAUUAAUUAA